CUCCAGCAGCAGCAGCAGCAUCCAGGCAUCCUGCAGCCUGUGUCCUCGCUGCUAUGUGCGCCCGGCCGACAGCCCUAGCCGACAGCCCGACUCCCAUCAUCAUUCCACCUGCAGCCCACCCUCUGCAGGGAGCACCAGCCCGUACACCCAUCGCCUUGCAGGGGGAGAUGAUGCCGGGCAGCAGCCGAGCAACUUCUUCUAUCUCAGGACGAUAAGACAUCAGCAACCUGGGGAUCGGCGAUAAGAUUUCAAGAAGGUUAAAAUGAAUGAAGAUAUGAAGGUUAAUAUAAGCUGGCUGCCUCAGGAUCAUAUAGAUGCCAGUUCCCCGGAGAAUAUCACAGCGGCAGACUCCUCCCUGAUUCCUGUGCUAGAGCCAGAGCUCAUAGUAAACCCAUGGGAUAUUGUCCUGUGCACAUCGGGAACCCUAAUCUCCUGUGAAAAUGCUAUCGUGGUCCUCAUUAUCUUCCAUAAUCCGAGCCUGCGAGCCCCCAUGUUCCUCCUCAUUGGUAGCUUGGCACUGGCAGACCUCCUAGCAGGUGUCGGACUGAUCGUAAAUUUUAUUUUUGCUUAUCUCCUUCAAUCGGAAGCUGCAAAACUGGUGACAGUGGGACUGAUCGCUGCCUCUUUUUGUGCCUCUGUAUGCAGCUUGUUGGCUAUCACCGUUGACCGUUACCUAUCGCUCUAUUAUGCUUUGACAUACAACUCGGAGAGGACAGUCACUUUCACGUACGUCAUGCUUGUUUUUCUGUGGGGAGCAUCUACGUGUGUUGGACUGCUGCCUGUAAUGGGCUGGAAUUGCCUUAAGGAUGAAUCAACAUGUAGCGUCAUUCGGCCGCUGACGAAAAAUAACGCUGCGGCCCUCUCGGUUUCCUUUUUGCUUAUGUUUGCACUCAUGCUUCAGUUGUACAUUCAGAUCUGCAAAAUUGUCAUGAGGCACGCUCAUCAGAUUGCCUUGCAGCAUCAUUUUCUGGCUACGUCGCACUACGUCACCACUCGCAAAGGAGUAUCUACCUUGGCCAUUAUACUGGGGACAUUUGCUGCCUGUUGGAUGCCUUUCACCCUUUAUUCAUUGAUAGCUGAUUACACCUACCCUUCGAUCUACACCUACGCCACUCUGCUUCCAGCCACUUACAACUCCAUCAUCAAUCCCGUCAUUUAUGCGUUCCGGAACCAGGAAAUCCAGAAAGCCCUUUGGCUGAUCUGCUGUGGUUGCAUCCCGGCUAGUGUGUCGCAGAGAGCCAGAUCGCCUAGUGACGUGUGAUUAUGUUACACUUUCAGCUGCAAGCAGUUGGUGCUCUUGUGACAGGUGGAGUGUUCAAUUUUAAAUAAAAAAAUGUAAAGAAAAUCACUACGGUUUAGAUCUGCUGGAGGAGUGAUGCCCUCGAAAAUACUUGGACAUGGCAUUAAAGUCCAUUUCAUAAAUGGAAAUCUAUUUAUAAAGACGAAGCGCUGUUGUGCAAUAUCUAUUUAAAAUUUCAAAAAGAGCUAAUUGUAAAACUGGAGUUGUCGUUUACUCAGGGUAUGUGGUUUGGAGAAUGGUAACAAAAAAAUCCAUGUAUUCCUGUGCGUAACUACUGUAUACAGAGAUAUACGUUGCUUUACUAAUCUUGGUUCUUCAGCCAUCUUUGGAACCCGACUCCUAAUAUCAACGAACUAAUGAUGCUAGAGGAACAGUGUUGAACCUCCUAUUAUAAUAUUACAGUUAGCUUCAAGAUCCAAUCCCACUUAGAAGAUUUAUAUGGUAUAUCAAUUAUAAUGUAAAUAAUCACCCAGCACUUUUUUAAUGUUUGUGUCAAACGUAAAUUAUGUUCUAUAGAUAAUUUAUUUAUUUUUUAUUAAUUACUGAAUGCCAAAAUCAGAAUAGCACAAAUACGUUCGAUAAAAAGAACUUUACAUAUUUUCUUUAAAAUUAUCUGCAUCAAUGAUCAGUUAAAAUAAAAAUAACAAAAAGUCUGGCAUUCUCACGCUGGUAAAAAUCAACUGAUUAGAGGGGAAAAGAGACCUUCUAAAUGGGACUGAAUCUUUUAUUGUGAUAGGACUCCUUGGUUGGGAGAAUGUGUGUCAUAGAAUAAUAUCUAUAAUGGUUCUGCCUUGUGUUACAUUUCAGGCAUAUAUUCAGUGUUUUAGGAAUUCUGAGUGUAAACUGAGAGGUGACAAACCUGGAUGUGCACCCCAUAAUUCCUGGAUCACCCUGACAGCUGCUAUGCUCUGAUUUUAAAAUAGGUGCACUAGGGCAUGUGAAGAAGGGGCAUCCAAACUGAAGAAUUCUUCCAAUCUAUUCCAGGAAAUUUAUUGCAAUAAGUAACUAAUGAAGAAGGAAUAGGCUCUGACAUCCUGGGGAUGGUGUACACCUUUGCUAAGCCAUGAGGGAUUAAAAUACACCUGCACGGCUUGUCUCAUUUCCGAGGUGGUAAUUGGAACUGUGCAGUGAAAAUAGAAAUUGUGACUCAGUAAGGUGUAUGUGAUAGUAACCGUUUCACCGCUGGAAGUGGUAAUUGUGCAAGUCAUUGCAUUUUGAUUUGAACCCACUGAAUGCUCUUUGAUACGUAGGGUUAAACAUUUCUAAUUUAGUGAUGCUGUAUUGACGAAUGUUGGUAGAUUGAUGCUCGCUUGUUAAAGUGUCCUUUUUUGAACUGAGCCUUCCUAAAAAAAAGUUGCAAAAAAAACAAAAAAAAACCCUUUCUUGAGAGAUCAUUAGAAUCUACAAGUUUUUUUUUCUUCUUCCAUAUUUAGCUGCUAUUAGCCGCCAAAUAGGACCAAAUAAAUGGAUCAGGACUUAACCAUGUCGAUCUUCCACAGUAGAAAAUAUAUGCGCUGUAUGGGAAUUUCUAAGAGGAAUUUUCAAAUGUGACAAUUGGGCUGUGUCUCGUUAGAAUUUGUUCUGUUUUGCUGAAGAGCGAUUCUGUAAGAUGCCAUCUUGCCAGUCCUGUUUGUCUCUGUAAUAGAUGCCAUUGCUGCAGGGACAUACAGUACUAAUGUACUAGCACACUGCGAGCCUGAAGCGAAGGCAGCGUGCCUAGCACCUUGGUUGUCAGAAGAGAGUCUGUUGCAGCUAUUUAGAUGUUUUAUUUCUGGAAUCUUGCAAAUCACAAUAUUGUAACACCUCAAUGGUGCUGUACACUUUUUAUUAAUUUAUUUUUUUAUGAUGAGCUAUUUUAUUUUGUUUCUUGCUCUUAAUAUGUUGUUAGAGUAUGCACUGAAUGGGUCCAUUCCAUCCAUUUUUACAUGUCCCUACCUAUUAGCCCCUUACCCAGUAGCAGCAAACAUUGGACCUUGUUUAAAGGAGCGAUCUUGGCAUUUUUUUUUAAUUGCUCAUUACCCCACAUACAGUAUGCUUUCCACUCCUCUCCACGUAGGCGGCCACUGAAACCCUGUGGUUUCUCAUUUCUACCUCCUUCUACAACCUUGGGAAAUGUAGAUGAUUACAGUGUAUUACAGGUCUAUCGAUAAAGCUGGUUGCAUGGUCGCCUACUGAUACAUUUUCUGUAAGCGUUGCAUUCAUUAAAGUUCCUUGUGGCAUCAAUUCUCAGAGCGCUUCCGCUUCUGAAGGAGGUAGGACAGAGUUUCUCCUUGGAAAUAAAAUAAAUACCUGGAGAUAACUUAGCAUGAUGGAAAUAGCAAUGAUAGUGGGGAGUGGAGGGGGCUUUUCCCCCAAUUUGGACCAAGACCAAUGUUGGAAGGUAUAACCCCCUAGCAAGAUGUAAACAAACUGAUAAAUGCUAAGAUUGGUUUGUUUGCUAAGUUACAGAAUAUAUUCUAUUUGCACUAUUUUUUUUAUUAAAUAAAUUCUACUAAUUGAAUUGAAACUUACUAGCUUGUUAGGACAAGCAUUUCCAUCUUUUGGAAAAUCAGAUAUGGUCACCUUAAUUACUUGGCAAAUUCUCUGGGACUCAUAAUCCUAGGUGAUACAUUUGGGCUGAUUCAACUAGCCAUGCUUAUCUUGGGUGAAAAACAUGUGGGUGCAAGGUUCUGCUAUUCAAUUAGAAAAUCCGUGUUAAACUACUGUAACGUGAGCUUCAAUGAGAGUUAAGGCUGAUUUUAUGUUGCAGCCCCUGAGUAAGUGAAAGUAAGGGAAAAAUCUUGUUACAAUAGUUGUGAUACAAUACAGAACCUAGUACACCAUCCCUAAUGCUGAAUGCAUUUAAAUAGCAUCAUUUGGCCAAUAAUGACAUGUCAUUGUUGCAGUUAUUUUCCGUAAAAGCUCCAAUUGGAUAUAAUUAAUUAUGUGGGACAUUUAUUUUGGGGUGUUGUAUUGAUGGGAAAGGGUUAGGGUGAAAACAAUUGUCUAUAAUUUUUCACUGUUAAAGGUAAAAAAUAGCAAUUUUACACCUUUUAAGAGCCUCAAAAACUGAUUAUGACCACUUAUAGCCUUCGAAACUUUUUCAUGCACUUCCCCCAUUUUCUAAUUGAAUAGCAUGGAUCAUGGGAGCACUCAUGCUGAAAAUAGCCUGCUAUAUACACAUUAAGUUGAACAUAAGAAAAAAUCUUAGUUUAACGUAGUUAAUUUAAUUAAUUGGGGGGGGGGGAGCAAUUCAAUUGUUUUGCCCUGUGUCUACCACUACGGGGCACAAAAUGGUGCAAUUCAAUUGUUGCUCUGUUUAGACGCCCGUUAGCUGUGGGGACGACAUUUUUUCUUGCAACCUCCUGAGGUGCAAAAAGAAAUGUGUGCAAAGUGGACUGUGGCUUGGGUGCCCAAAAUGGGAGUUUGGGCACCCAAACCAGGACUUCAUACGAGAUUAGCCACUAUUCGUGACUAAACCCUGUCUAUUUGGGCAUGAUCAGUGAAAUAAAAAAUAAAGAAAAGCAUUUAUAUUGCGACUUUCGAUCUCCUGUCACUUUAGAUGGGAGAUCGGGUGUGCAAAAACUAUUGAAUCGCCCCCACAGUGUAUGGAGGUAACGCAAUUGUUUUAGUGCAGCUGCAGCUCCCGUUGCGCUAUUCAAAUAUUUCUGCCACAGGCGCCCCUUUAUUUCUGCUUGCAUCCAGAGGUGGUAAGCAGAAAUCCAGUUGUUUUACGCAUCUAAACCAGAACGAUUUGGGCACUGCAUGUGCAAUAAUUACUGGGCACCAGUAACUUGUCCCCAGCGGCACAAACAAUUGAAUACCUCCCGACAUUUUACACGGGAGCUGCAGACGCAACAAAGCAAUUGAAACACCCCAUAAAAGUGACUGCCAAGAGGGAUGUGAAAUAGUUUUUUGGGGUUUUUAUUUUCUAUUUUGUCUAUCAUGGUUUAUGUUGAAAAGAUACGUGAAAACUGCUUUGAAAUACAUACAGUAAAAUUUAUUCCUGCUAGCCUUAAAAAUAUUUAGUAAUGUUUUUCUAGUGCAAAAAAAGUUCUAAAUAUAAAAAAUUGCAAAAAAAAAAAAUGUACAGAAAAAUAAUUUCAUGUGUUAAAAACAUAUUUGAUACCUUAUAAUGACCACUGCAUUCUACGUACACAUUGUGCUUGCAUAAGUAUUCGAGACACUGUAAAUAAUGUCAUAAUUCACGUAUUGUUCAAAGUCUGGUCUCUGUGAUGCCAAAAUCCGUUUAUGGUCAUUGUGUCAUUUAGCAAUAUAUAAACACAAGAUUUAGAACAGGACUGAAUGUGACAGUCGUUUGUCGUGAUAAUGUCCAGAGCAAGGAAAAUGUCUAAUUGUAUUUCCAUAUUUACUUGUUGGAACCUUCAGAUGACAUCCCUGAGUGACAUAUAUUUUACAAGAUUGCACUAGUUUUCCAUAUUUUCUCAUAAUUCCGGUUGUGUUUUUCACUAUGUUUUAACAUCUAUUUGUCAAGCAAAAAUAAAUGACAAAACAGACGUGUUACAAGUGUGUCUCCCAAUAGAUUGUGAAUCUCUGGCUUUGCUGAUUGUGUCACAGGCUGUUUCCAGGGCAAUAGACUGCUGUGCAGAUAACAAGGGUCAUUUGUAAAUGACCUGUGUGGACAUACAACCAAUAUACAGUACAUACUCUCCAACAUGACUCCUUCCACCAUGUAUACUAUGCUCUGCUCCUGGUUUUCCAACUUAAUUUUUGAUUGCAAUCACCACGGUUGGUAACAUAAUUCUCACCCAUUAACUACUUCAACCCUGAUGACUGCAAUCGUAAAUUAAAAGUGAGAAGUCCGGCAGCAGAGCAUCCUGUACCUGGCGGAUGGGGUCAUAUCGGGAGUUCUGAUAGUGUGGUAUGCUUUGUGCCUUCAUGCAGAUGCUUUGCAGAGUCAUUUACAAAGUUGCAGCCAGCACAGGGGCGCCAAGAUAUCUUGCUGGCCCCAGAGCUAGAGGAGGGGCAUUGUGAGUAAAGUGCACGCCGCAAAACAAGCCUAGGCCAAGAUAAUGUACCCACCCCCUUAAUCUUGGCAUCACUAGGUUUUCAGUGGGUACUGGUAUGUAAUCCCGGCGGUCGGGAUCCCAGCAGUUAGAAGUCCGACGCUGGAAUCCCAGUGGCGAGCGCAGCAAGUCCCAUUGCGGGCUCGCUGCGCUCACCACACUAAAGGGCCCGGUGGUGAGCUUUGCUCGCCACAAUACUAUAUUCCCUAUCGGGUGGUGGCGUGGACCACCACCCGAGCAGGAACUCUGGGCUUUGGUUGGUAUUCCGACCGGCGGCAUUUCGCCGGCUGUCGGGAUUCCGGCGUCGGUCUUCCGACCGCCGGUAAAUUAACUGCAUCCCUUUUCAACGCGUGUUGCAAAAGAAAACCCUUCUCUGCUUGCCUGAGUUUUGGACCCACUCCUUCUGCCUCCUUAAAUAUAAUCAGGUUUUUAUAUUUUCUCCUAAAAUAUUGCUCUUUGAGGCUUAAUUUGUGUCUUAAAUUAGUCAUGAAUAGUGAGACUUUGGGGUCUAUUUACUAAGCCUUGGAUGGAGAUAAAGUGGACGGAGAUAAAGUACCAGCCAAUCACUGUCUAACUGCCAUGUCACAGGCUGGGUUUGAAAAAUGACAGGAGCUGAUUGGCUGCUACUUUAACUCCAUCCACGACUUAGUAAAUAGACCCCUUUGUUUCAUAUGUCAUACUUUAUAUCGUUAUUUUUAUAACGUUGGGUUAUUCUUUCAUAUAAAUGAGGUCUUCCUUAGAAUGUGCUCCUGAAUUGUUCAAAAGCUGUAUAGUAAUGUCUGACACCUAUGGGGCAGUGCCUGGCGGUUGCAGAAUAUUGUCUUUGCCAAUGAGUCUCCAGGCUCUGAGCCACAUUAGAGGCUGGGAAAGUGCAUAGAUGGACCAAUAGCUUCCUAUUUCUCUUAACCUGCGCGAGCAGGACACACCCCAAGGCUAUAUGCGGAGUAGGGAGCAUUGAUGAACAUCACCAGAAAAGCAUCACUAUUUUGGCACAUGCGCAAAGUAGACUCACAGAAGAACUAGCAUCCUGGGUCUCACAGAGAGCACGCGGGGAUUGGCCGGGAGCCUCAUGAUCAGGAGGUCACCUCACCGAUAGUGUAAGUCACAAUAUAAAUCUCAUCAGCCUUAUUGUUACCUUUAACACAAUAAUAAAUACAAUUUAAAGGGAGCUUCACAGCUUAUUCCAUGAGUUUGUACUGCUGAAAGGAUUUCCCCCUGCAGCACCCAGUUGCCUCCUCAAGACCAUCUCAGUGAGCAGUAAACCUGCAUCUCUGUACCAAAGAUAUACAGAUUCAGUUAUGUUAUCAGUGCUAAUAUCGCUGUAUGUCACAAUCCGAACAUCAGUGUUUUCAAUUCAGCAAUGUUGAGUGUCCAGCCUUAGCAGGAAUCUCUUAGUGGGCCCUGCUGACAUCUAGUCUCUGGCACCCCCAUGGGGAUGCAUUCAGCAUCUCGCCUGUUGGGAUGCCGACGGUCAUCUGACCGACGCCGGAAUCCUGACACCACUCAGGAUACCGGCGCCGGAUCACAGACAGCCGACAUCCCAAAGGUGAGUAUUGCAGUUCUAGGUCAAGGUUAGGGCCUGGGGG